UUACUUUCCAAUUUCUCGCGAGUCUUUCUCUUCUCUUCUCCGAGGAAGAGAGAGAGAGAGAGAGAGAGAGAGAGAGAGAGGGAGGGAGGAGUGGAGGAGAGGAGAGGAGAGGAGUUGGUUGAGAUGGAUCUAUUGGAGAAGAGGGACAUUAAGAAGGGGGCAGAAGUGGAGGAGGAGGUGGCACGCAAGGGUGAGGAGGAGGUGGAGAAGAGCCAGCGGCGGCGGCAGCAGCAGGAGGAGGAGGGACUCGUUGGCCUCUCCCUCGCCAACGGCCGCAGCGGCAGCGGCGGCGGCAGGCCUGAAAUAUUCCCAAUGUCGAGCCCUCCACCUAAUCCUUCGCAGCUUACAAUUUUCUAUGGUGGAUCAGUCUGUGUGUAUGACUCGGUGCCACCGGAGAAGGCUCAAGCAAUCAUGCUUAUUGCAGCUGCGGCUGCAGCAGCAGCGUCUGCCACCAAAAGCAAUGCUGCCGUUGCUGUUAAGCCACCUGUGAUGCCUGCAAACAAUGCUACCCAAGCAGCAGCCUCUCCUGUGCUCACGCGAUCACUCUCAUUGCAGAGCACUUCUGUAGCAACUGGACAACCUCAAGUUGUCGCUGACCCUAGUUCAAUUUGCAAGCUUCAGGCUGAUCUGCCUAUUGCCAGGAGGCACUCCCUUCAGCGCUUCCUAGAGAAACGCCGUGACAGCAGGUUGGUGAACAAAGCCCCGUAUGGUCUUAUAAAAUCCUCUGAAGGCAUGGAAGCAUCUGGGAGGGAAGUAACUGCCGAGGGCAACGCCCAGUAACUGUCCAGUUCGAGUGGUGAAGGCUGACGUUUGGAAGGAAGGCGACCCGUUCAUUGUGUUAGAUGGUGUCGCACCCUAGAACCUUACUAAUAAUCGAACUACGUACCCGUAUCGCCGUUGUUCUGUUCUCAUGUGCUAGUCUAUUCUUGUCAUGAAUGAAUUCGUUUACUCGAACAGCGAACUGCUAUUACGAUAGUAGUAUAUCAUUGUACAUCAUGCAUGUCAUUGCCUGACUAUGUUAUCGUGUUCAUCUAGUAAUGAUGAUAUCAUCCGUGUUAAUUGCCAAA